AUGCCACCGGAAAUGAAACUACAUACCAUUUCGAAACUACACAUAUGCGAAAACUGUUUAUACGUGCAUAAAUAUGAAUGCAAUUCUGAAAAACGGUGCAAGGAGUGCAACAAGAAACAUAACACCUUAUUACACGACGUUUAUAUUACAAAGGCGGCUAAUAAUGCAAGUCCGGCGAACAUGACGACUACGACCUCGAAGUCGCAGGGCACGAAACCACAUGUACAAUCGAACCACGUGGCUGGAAAUGAUGAAGAAAUAUUGCUUGCCACUAUCAAGAUGCAAGUAAGGGCAGCAGAUGGCUCUUACAUCAUACUGCGCGCACUUCUGGACCAGGGAUCACAAACGUCCCUUAUAUCCGAAAAUGCAGCUCAAAGGCUGGGGCUGAAACGUCAAAACUUCAAUGCAUCUGUCACCGGUAUCGGUACUUCGCCAAACAAAAGCCGAGGAAAAGUAUUAUUGCACUGUAAAUCAUUAUCGACCGAUUAUGCAUUCUCUACAGAAGCUUUAAUAAUGUCCAAAGUUAUUAACUGCCUACCUGUGACGUCAUUCGAGAACAAAAAUUGGCCACACAUACAACACUUGCAAUUAGCGGAUCCUGAAUACAAUAUAUCGAAGCCUAUUGAUAUUCUUUUAGACGCUAAAGUUUAUGCUGAAAUCAUCAUGGAUGGGCUGUUAAAAGGUUCACCAUGCCAACCAAUAGCACAGCAAACACAAAUGGGUUGGAUAUUGUCUGGUUCUACGACGAAAACAUUCAACUGUUAUUUUACUAUCAAUAAUAUCGAAGACAUUUGCAAUUAUUGGGAAAUGGAAGACAUAUCGGAACAUGAACGCUCAUUAACUUUAGAAGAGCAAUUUUGUGAAGAUUAUUAUGUCAAAACGACUAAAAGAUUAUCAAGUGGAGUGUAUGAAGUACGUUUACCCAUGAAGAAAGGCUUUGAAAGGCAAUUAGGUAACUCAAAACUAAAGGCAGUCGCACAGUUCAAGCAAUUAGAGCGAAAGCUAGGAAAAAGAUCCGCAGCUAUGUGA